CGAAAUUUGGUUCAAAAAUUGAAAUAUGACUUUGGCAGCAUUGGAAUAUAUUAAUCUAAUGUUUGAAAAGCCCAUUAUGAUUAUUCAAAUUAUUCCAUUACAAUUCUUUUACAUAUUUUAUUUCGUCCAUUCGAUUGGUGUUUAAUUUCAACGCUUCAACAAACGCAAUAAUACAGCAAUAUUCAAUAAUCAGCAAUAAUGACUGAAAAUCGAAAAUGUCUAGCGUUUUCAUCAUUAUUGAAAUAAUAUCAUUGGAAACCAUCUUUAAUUAAACAAACAGUUAAAUACAUAUGUGAUUGUGCGUUGUAUGGAAUCUCCAAAGGGCAUUUUAGUAAAAGCAAUAGCCAUGAAAACGUUGUAUUUCAUUUGCGCACUAUACUUUCUCAUGGACUUGGCUAAAUGUCAAAAUCGUUUUCGGAUUUUCUUCGAUGAGUUUGCGAUCAAGUAUAAGGUGCCGGAUGUGUUUGAGAAAAUGGAUUGCAAUUUGUUUCAGUCGAAUAAUCGAAGCUACGUCAACGCCGAAAUGAUAUUGAAAAAGGAAGUCGCAGAUUUGAAUGUUCGUGCACUAAUGGAGUUCUGGAAACCGAACGCGAAAACUAAAUUGAAAUUGUACGAUGUUCGAAUGGAUGGGUGUCUCGUACUUCGAACUAUGAACAAAAAUAAACUGUUCUACUUCUUUGUGAAGAGCUUUAAGAAACACUCCAACGUUCUUUUGUCGUGUCCCUUUAAAGCGAAUUUUACCUACAAAAUGAAUGACUGGUUUUUGGAUGAAGAGGAGCUACCACAGUUUGUUCCUGUUGGCGAAUUCCGUACGGUCACCGAAUACUUUAGUCAACAACGAUUGAUAAUACGUGUUGUGGCACAUGGGGGAAUUUUGCCCAAAUCAUAAGCCUUUGCUGGAAUGGUACGUUAAAAUCCCAAAGGUUUGACCAUCACAUAAAAUAAUAAAUAAAAGCCAGCUUUAAAACAAGCCGUUGUCAUAUCUAUACAUUUUAAAUACAUAAUCAACGCACAACAAUAUAUUUU